AUGGCUGCUCCCCAAGGAUACCCUCUACUCGCUCUGGAGAACCCUCUCCUCGACAUCCAGGCUCGUGGUGAUGCCGCUCUUCUCGAGAAGUAUGGCCUGAAGCCCAACGAUGCUAUCCUCGCUGAGAAGCAGCACAUGGGCAUCUAUGAGGACCUCCUCGCCCGGGACGCUAAGCUGAUCCCCGGUGGUGCCGCCCAGAACACUGCCCGUGGUGCCCAGUACAUGCUCCCUGACAACUCCGUCGUGUACAUUGGCUGCAUUGGUAAGGACAAGUACGGUGACAUCCUCAAGAAGACCUGCGAGGAGGCCGGUGUCCACACCGAGUACCGCGUCGAUGAGAACACCCCUACCGGCAAGUGCGGUGUUGUCAUCACUGGCCACGACCGCAGCAUGUGCACUGACCUCGCUGCCGCCAACGAUCCCCCCCACGUCUGGUCUCUCGUCGAGAAGGCUCAGUUCUACUACGUCGGUGGUUACCACCUGACUGUCUGUGUCCCUGCCAUCGAGGCUCUCGGUGAGGAGGCCGCUGCCAAGAACAAGGUCUUCAUGCUCUCCCUCUCUGCUCCCUUCAUUCCCCAAUUUUUCAAGGAGCAGCUGGACACCGUCCUGCCCUACACCGACUACACCUUCUGUAACGAGACCGAGGCUCGUGCCUACGCUGCCAGCCACGAGUGGGGCACCGAGGACGUUGUCGAGAUCGCCAAGAAGCUCGCCCUCCUUCCCAAGAAGAACACCCAGCGUCCCCGUGUUGCCAUCGUCACCCAGGGCACUGAGCCUACCGUUGUCGGUAUUGCCUCCAACGGCAGCGUUGAGGUCAAGCAGUUCAACGUCCACGAGAUCUCCAAGGAUGCCAUCAACGACACCAACGGUGCCGGUGAUGCUUUCGCCGGUGGCUUCUGCGCUGGUGUUGUGUCUGGCAAGUCUCUUGAGGACAGCAUUGACAUGGGUCAGUGGUUGGCCAGCAAGAGCAUCCAGGAGCUUGGACCUUCCUUCCCCUCCCCCAAGCAGACCUACUCUCGCUCUUAA